AUGUCUUACUUUGCGGAGCACUUCUGGGGAGAGAAGAACCAGGGUUUCGAUGUCCUCUAUCACAACAUGAAACAUGGGCAAAUCUCGGCCAAGGAGCUGGCGGACUUCGUGCGGGAGAGGGCGGCAGUCGAGGAGGCCUACGCCAAGUCCAUGGUCAAGAUGUCCAAGAUGGCCGGCAACAGCACCCAGCUGGGGACCUUUGCCCCCCUUUGGGAGGUCUUCCGCAUCUCCUCGGACAAGUUGGCGCUGUGCCACGCUGAGCUGGUGAAGAAGCUGCAAGAUCUCAUCAAGGAGAUCGGCCGCUAUGGGGAGGAGCAGCUGCGAGCCCACAGAAAGUCGAAGGACGAAGUGGCCGGGACGCUGGAGGCCGUCCAGCAGCUCCAGGGGGCCGCCCAGCACCUGCCCAAGGCCAGGGAGGCCUUCCAGAGCCGAUGCCAGGAGCUGGAGAGGCUCCGCAGGGAAGGGGCCAGCCAGAAGGAGAUGGACAAGGCGGAACUGAAGUCCCGAAAGACCGUGGACGCCCUGCGACGCACCGUGGAGAAGUACAACGCGGCCCGGGCGGAAUUUGAGCAGAAGAUGCUGGACUCGGCUGUGCGGUUCCAGGAGGUGGAGGAGUCUCACCUGCGGCACAUGAAGGGCCUGGUGGGCUCCUACGUCCACUCGGUGGAGGACACCCACGUCCAGAUCGGGCAGGUGCAGGAGGAAUUCAAGCAGAACAUGGAGAACAUCGGGGUGGAGACGCUGUUGCGCAACUUUGCGGAGAGCAAGGGCACCGGCUGCGACCCCCCAGGGCCCCUGGACGUGGAGGAGCUGAGUCUGAUGUCCUCGUCCCAGGAAGGGCCCAAACGCAGCCGCAGCAAAGCCUUCCGCAUUCCCGGACUCGGGCGCAAGGAACGCGGGAAGGACUCGGGGGAGUCUCCGGAGGCGGAUGUGGGGCCCCCCGAGGUGGACGAGGAAGGCUUCACUGUCCGGCCCGAAAUGAACCAGAACGAUAACAGCAGCCGCUUCUGCUCGUCCAGCGACUCGGAUUACGACGAUGAAGACCCCCCCAAGUUCUACAUCCGGAUCAAGCCCAUCCAGGCCCCCGAGCGGGUGGGCAGCGCGGCCACCUCGGCCGCCACGGAGCAGCUGAAGGCCUCUGUGGGCAGCCUCAUCCUGCCACCCAGCGUGGGGGGCACCAUGAAGAGGCACUCCUCCCGGCACUUGAAAACCUUCCCUUCGGCUGCUGCGGUGCCCACCCACUCUGGGCCGGCCCCGGGCGCAGGAGAGAGAGGCUACAAAACAAUGUUGGCCGCCUUGAACUCUGCUGGCCAGACCAAGCCCCCCACCACCACCACGGGAAGGGGCUUGCUGGGAAUAACGGGGGUCUUUUCUCUGCCGCCCCCUCCCUCCCUCCCGCCCCCCCCCGUCUUCUCUUUCUCCAGCUGCGAGAGCAAAAGCCAGCCAGAGGCCCUCCCCGCCAGCGCCUUGUUUGGGCCCCCCCUGGAGUCGGCCUUUGAGAACGAAGCCUUCACAGCCCCCCGAGCCUACUUGCUGGCCUCCAGCCCCUCCCCCUUCUCCUCCUCCUCCCCCGAGAACGUGGAAGACUCUGGCCUGGACUCUCCCCCCCACCUGGCCACGGGACCCUCCCCGGAUUCCCGCCUGUGGAGUUCCCGGCCGGCCACCCCCCUGAGCCCCCCGGGCCAAAGGACCCCCAAAUCCGCCCUCGUGUUCCGGGGCAGCCGCGGGGCGCUUCUGCCCGAGGACAGGCCCAACCCCUGGCUGCCCCAGCCCUCCGCCCCCCAGGACGCCCGCUUCGGGGCAGAGCCGGGCUGGGCGGUCUCCGGCGCCUCCUGGCCCCCCGCAGGGGCCCGGGCCUUCUCCACCUGCUCCCCCGACCUCUUCUCCUCGGAGGCCGGGAUGGGGGGCCGGCGGCUCUGGGUGGCCCGACCUCGGAGCCCGGCGGCCUCGGACGGGGCCCCUCGGACCGGGGAGCGCGACAGCUGCCUCUCCUCCAACUCGGCCUCCUCCUCCUCCUCCUCCCCGGCCCCCCUCAGCAGCGGGGACUCCACCAGCCCCUCCCCCUGGGCCCCCCGGGGCCGCGACCUGGACAGCAGGGGCCCCUCUGCCUCGGAUGCCUCCUCUGAGCACGUCCCCUUCCCUCCUUCGGCCCCACAUGCCCCCUGGCCCCCCACGGCGGCUCCUGUUCGGCGAACCCUCUGCAAGAGGCCCUCGGCCACGUCGGCCACCAGCCUUGGGGCCGAGACGCCCCGCUCCUUCAGCCCUGCCCCACUGUCCACUCUGACCUCCUCCCAAAGCACCUCCGCCCUGACCGAGCGCAGCCUCUUCACGGCCCCCCAGCAGCAGCAGCAGCCGCCAGCCCUGGGCGUCUCCCGUGGGCCCUCCCCCGUGGUCCUGGGCUCCCAGGGCGCCCUGCCCGUGGCCACGGCCUUCACGGAAUACAUCCACGCUUACUUCAAGGGCCAGAAGGCGGACAGCUGCCUCGUCAAGGUGACCGGGGAGCUGACCAUGUCCUUCCCGGCGGGCAUCAUCCGGGUCUUCAGCAGCGCCCCGGCCCCCCCGGUCCUCAGCUUCCGCCUGCUGCACACGGCGCCCAUUGAGCAGUUCCUGCCCAACGCCAGCCUGCUCUUCAGUGACUCCUCGCAGAGCGACCCCAGCAGUAGGGAUUUCUGGCUCAACAUGGCCGCCCUGACCGGGCACCUGCAGAAACAGGCCGAGCAGGCGGGGGCCGCCCCCUAUUACAACGUGACUCUGCUCAGAUACCAGUACUCCAGGCAGGGGCCGGAGUGGGCCCCACUGCAGCUGUCGGUCAGCUGGGAGUGUGCCGCGGAGGCCACCCGGGUGAGCGUGGACUAUCGCUACAACGCGGCCGCCCUGGCCUCGGCCGUGGCCCUCACCAACGUGCAGGUCCUGCUGCCCAUCGAGGAGCCCGUGGCCAACGUCCAGCCCCGGCCCAAGGCCUGCUGGAACCUGGAGGAGAAGCGCCUGCUCUGGCGGCUCCUGGACGUGCCCAGCACCCAGGGCCAGGGAGGCUCCGGCCGCCUCCUGGCCAGCUGGGAGCCCUUGGACGGCCCCAGCAGGCCCACCCCGGUGGCCGCCCAGUUCACCAGCGAGGGCAGUACCGUCUCGGGGGCCGACGUGGAGCUGGUGGGCAGCGGCUACCGGAUGUCGCUGGUGAAGAAGAGAUUUGCCACAGGGAGCAUCUUGGUUCUCAAGGGUUUUUACGCAGUGCUGGAGUGGAAGAAACCUUAA